AUGGACAAUGUCGCUCAAUGGAAUCUCUACUACAAGGCUCGAAUCGAGCCAUUCCCCGAUGAUCAAGCUCCAGAAUUGAAAGCUCUUGUCGAUCAGAUCGAAGAGUCAUGCAGCACCCUCGAAGGUGUCAAGCGCCAAAUUGAUGACACGGUUGAAACUGUCAAAGCUCGCCGGGAUGGUCUAUUCAACCCCAGCGCUCUAAGUGAGACCCGGAACUCAAAUCGCCUCGGCUAG